AUGUCCACCAGCACACUCAACAAGACCAUCUUCACACCCGCCCUCUACACCCAAGUCACCGACCUCUGGCUACAAGACACCCCCCUCGACGGCUCAUCCGUAGACGAAACCGUAAUAAAGCGCUGGUUCGCCGGAACCCCCGACGAGCGCCUCGCCUUCGACGCAACAUGUAAAGCGCGCUUCGGCGCCGCCCUGCACAGCAUCGGGCCCUCGAACCUCCCCAACGCAUCUACAGCCCCGUUCCUCCACGACCUGCAGCAACACAGCAGCGACAGCAGCGCCGCGGCCUGGACAGCCCUCAGUCAAGUCAUCCUCCUCGACCAGAUACCGCGCAAUAUCUUCCGCACCGACGACACGCUAAAAACCGUCUACACGCACUACGACGCCCUCGCCUCAUCCCUCACAACCACCCUCCUCUCCUCCUCAAGACCAGAUCUACACCCCCAAUGGCGCGCCUCCACCGCGCAUCGCAUGUGGUUCUACCUGCCGCUCAUGCACUCCGAGGACCUCGCUGCGCACGACACGCUGAAGCGCAUACUGGACGAGUUCGACCAGGAGUUGGCAACGCGGGACGGGUGCGAGGCGUCGAAAUAUAUGAUCAAACAGCAGUUCAAAGCGGAGCAGGAGCAUCGAGAGAUUCUGGAGAGGUUUGGACGGUAUCCGCAUCGGAAUGGCGCGUUGGGGCGCGAGAGUACGGAGGAGGAGAGGGUGUUUCUUGAGGGGGGAGGGGCGACGUUUGGUGUUGUUCAGAAAAAGGGGAGUACGUGAGGAUUGCUUUCGGUCAAGUGUGAAAGCGCGAGUGAAGUAAACUGCGUUCAUUGUGGCUACUAUAAGCUACGGAACUACAUUAAUGAGGGGACACAAAGUGUGUACGCCGCCAGGUAUCGAGGCACGAAACUCUCACACUAAUCGCAGAUGCAGUCGUGGAGCUCUUGCAAGCUUAUUCUGCACCUUGGUUCCUGGUACUUCGACUAACUGAGACGUCCUCUAGUCAAGCAUGACAGACAAGCUUACAUUACUUCUGCCAGCAAAAAGAACGCCGAAGUCGAUCAAUCUAUGACAAGCAGAUCGAGCGAAUUGGCAAAAACAUGGGUCUUGCCGCGACUCGAACGCGGGGCCUCUCGCAAGUGUGCUCAGGAAGUACCCUAAGCGAGAAUCAUACCACUAGACCACAAGACCC